AUGCUUCAUGUUCAACCCAAUACGACAACAACAGCCAUCUCUCCAGAGUCACCCACUGAUUGUAUACCCAAAUGGUCAUUGGAGCAAGAUUCCCACCAUCCUGGCCCCAUGGAACAAGAGGACCCAGUGCCACCACCUCCACCACCGUUAACAGAAGAUGAUGAAUAUUUCUUCCUCAACCAGCCGCCACCACCUCCACCUCCUAUUCCACCCUCCAUGUUAUUAUCAUCAUCACAAGAAGAGCCGGCAAUGAAUGAUGAUGAGGAUGAUGAGGAUGGUGGUGGUGGCAUGAUGGCCAUGAUGGAUGACAAGUAUGAGACAGCGACACGGAUCUUUUAUGCAACCAUGCAAAAGUUUGCGGGCCCUAGCAACCAUCGUAGGACCUUUUUGGAGAGUUGGCAUUUACAUAGCAUGUACAGCAAAUCGCAGCAGAUCCUUUUGGGGAUUCCUAAUGCACAAUCCAUGGUUUAUUUAUCCGGUGAUGAUUUCAUGUUUACACCUCAACUUGUUCCCCAGGAUACGACGGCCAUGAUGGAUCAAAUGGAGUUCGAUUGGGAAGAAGAAGAAGAAGAGGAAGAGGAAGAUGAUUUGCCACCUAUCAUGAUGAUGCCAGCAACAACAAUGAUGGAACAACAACAACAGCAACAAGAACAAGAUGCAUCGCCACCACCCCUCGAAGAGAAUGAUGUGAUGGUCAUGAGUGCUCCUGCCCCUGUUAUGGAUGAAAAUUUAUGGAUGGCCCCAGAUAAAGAUGUGAGUGGGAUCUCCUUGGAUGCAGUGGACUUUUAUCGUCAUGGAUCACCUUCUCCUCCACCUUCCGCUUUGUAUGAAUUGGAUUCCAAUGAAAAGGGUAAAGAAACGCUACGAUUACCUGCUCAAGAACAACAAGAGACCACCACUACCCCCACCACCACCACCACCAACAAUAUGGAAGAAAAGGAACAUGGCCAAAGAGACAAGAUGAAUGAUAUUCCACAAUCCAGUGAUACUACUACUACCACUACCCCACCCUAUUAUGGGACGCUCAUGACAUCGCCAUCACAACAACAACAACAACGAGACAUUGUACAACAACAAAAAGAUGAUUUGACAGAGCGAUUAUUACAAUGGCCGAUCCUUCACGCUUCCGAACGACUUGCACAUGAUCUCUUAUUGGCAUUUGAACUUGCUGAGGAUUUCGUUGAUAACAACAAAAAAGGAUUGCGUACCGUGUCGAGUUUCUUUGUAUACCUUAUACGCAUUUGGCAUGUCCUCUUUGUCUGUGCUGAAAUGUUGCUUGGCAGUUUGGGCAGUAAUACACAUCAACGACGACGCCCAUGGAUGAAUGACGAGUUGGUGUAA